AUUCCAUAAUACUUAAACACAGUUUAUACUUACUUAGGAAUAGUUUAGCUACCCAUCAACAUAGUUGAACUUCCUGGUAUACAGUUAUUCUAAAGCUGAUAAACCUAUCCUAGUAUAAUAUGUUGUAUCCUCGCGAAAAUGCCGUCUUUAAAUCUGUGCAAAAACAAAAGACAUCACAAGAUGCUAUCAAAGACGUCUCUGUUUUCGUGCGGUUUGGCCGCUGGGUGUUCAAAACCUCGAGGCAGUUCUGCCAGUACACCAGCAUCCAUGGGUUUAAUCACAUUGCUGCUCCAGGGAGGAUGUGGCUUGAACGGAUCCUCUGGAUAGCCAUAGUGGCCGGAGCUACCUGGGGCGCCGUGGACAUCUCUCUGGGCCAGUGGCUGCGGUACCGCGACAACCCCACCGUGGUCACCGUGGAGAAGGACUUCCGCUCGUGGACCUUCGCCUUCCCAGCCGUCACUGUCUGUGUGGGGAACAAAACCGACCCAGCGAAGGUGCAAUCUGCCAUCAAGUCGCUCUGGAACCUGGAGCCUGAAGACGAGCAGUACGCCUACUACCACCGCUUCGUGGUCGAAGUGGUCAACUCCAACCUGACGCACAUCGAGGUCUUCCAGAAGUACGCAGAAGACAAGACUCUGGACGUGGAUUUGUUCAAGUUGGCUGUGGAUGUAAUGCCCCCCCUGAACAUGAAGACCACCUGGUCCUCAGCCCUGAGUGGGCGCAGCGCCAAGUGGACGCCGGUCAUGACGGAGGCCGGGCCCUGCUACGCAACCAACUCGGUAGCCAUUGCUGACAUCGCUCUCAGUAAAAUUGACAAGAACGAAACAAAGGACUACCCUUUCACGUGCAAAUACGACGAUGACUGCUACGGCGGCUUCGAGAUCUCGGCGCGGCACGACUUCAACAUCCACUCCCCGUUCGACGUGGCGGACAUUCUGACGAAGCCCACCCCCGUGUUCCCGACCCUCAAGAUGAAGAUGCUGCUGAGCGUCACGGAGGCUGUGUGCGGGGCUGGAGUCCAGGACCUGAGCGUGCGGAGACGCGCGUGCCUGUAUAUUGACGAGCCCACGGAGGAUAAUAAGCAGGUGUACAGCUCAAACAUGUGUCGUCGCACCUGCCGGUACCGACUGGCCAUGAAGUUGUGCAAAUGCAAGCCUUAUUACUACUUCUAUGAAGAAGGGGCGGCGUGCUCGGCGGCGGGCAUGGCGUGCCUGGCGCGCUCCGCCGGCGCGCUGGUGAACCCCGCGUGCGCCUGCCCGCUGCCGUGCCUCAACGCCGUGUUUAACGAGCUGCUGGUGGAUAAUAAGUUCUGGACGAAGGGGCAGCCGGCGCUGUACGGCGACGUGCGGCUCACAGUGCAGGCGCCGCGCACGCGCUACACCCGGGAGAUCGUCUUCCACUUCCAGGAUCUUGUCGUGAGUUUCGGCGGCGCAGCAGGUCUGUUUCUUGGGGCGAGCUUCCUGAGUUUCAUAGAGAUAUUCUACUUCAUAUUGGAGAGAUUCAGCACACUGUGUUUCAAACCAACACGCUCGAAUGUCGUCGCGACGUCCAAAACUGAAAAUGUCGUGCAAAUGCCGAUACCAUCAUACGAAUCGCUACGCAUCGACCAGCUCACCAGGAUAUUGGAGAACCGACAUCAGUACCGCACCAUCAAGGCUAGAAGGAAUGUCAGCAAUCAAAUAUCGUACAUUGUCGCUAAAUAGAUGUUAACAAUAACUCA